AUGAACCCAUGGCCACAGCAAACGCCAUCACAACAACAAUCAGAGCUCCAGAGGCACAGUCCCCAGUACGAUAAUCCUCAGAUGAGUUAUCCAUCAAAUCAACAUUUCUCACAACAUCAACAGCAUCAACAGCAUCAGCAACAACUUUAUUAUUCCAAUCAACAGCAACAGAACUACUCGUCACCACCACCACCGCCAUUGUCAUAUCCUCCACCAACUCGUCAUUCCUCUUAUUACCAAGGUCAACCAUAUCAAGAUCAAUAUCAAGAACAAUAUCAAGAGCAUUAUCCAACUUCAAAUGGGUAUAUUGAUCAUAAUAAUAAUAGGCCAAGAUCAAACGAUGAUAUAGAGGAGAUAUCUCAAUCAACAUUCCAAAAUGGUUCUGUUUCUGGUUAUAAUGAACAAUUACAAAGACGGUAUAAUUUCAAUCAUGAUUCAAAUAAUAGAAAUAGUAUAAGUAGUUAUCAAAAUAUUGGUUCAAAGACAUAUAAUAAUCAUAAUAAUAAUCAUAAUAAUCAUAAUAAUCAUAAUAAUCAUUAUAAUAGCAUUCAAGUAAGUCCACCAAGAGGUAUGGGCUUAUACAAUUCAAGUAAACAAAUCAGUUCAAAUUUCACUCAACCAAUGUAUCCUCAAAUUCGUUCUAAAUUUCCAUUAUCAGGACCUUCAUAUUCAAUACCAAGUCAUAAUAAUGGUCCAAUGAUUACACCAGUUUCAUUUCUUUCAUUUAAUGAACCUUCAACUCAUAAUAAGAUAUUUAUUUUAAGAGGUUCUUUUGAAAAUUUAAGUAAAUUAUCUUUUGAUUUUAAAGAAUCUUCAAUCGUGGAAAAUGUUAAGAUAUGUAAUCAUGAAGGGAAUUAUAUUUUAUAUCUAAAAUAUAUUUCAAAACCUGAUUUAGAAUCUAUAAAUUAUCAUAAAUUACAAAAAUAUAUUGAUUGUAAAGAUCUUUAUAUUAAAGAACCAAAUUUAAUUUAUAUACCCAAAACAAAUAAGAAAUCUUCAAUUAGUUCCAAAAAAAUCUUAAAAUUAUUUAAAAAAAAUUGUGGUGGUCAUGAUCCUUCAAUUUCAAAAGAUUCAAAAUUUUAUAAAUUAAAAGGUGAUGAAAUUUUUAUAAGAAGUGUAUUACAACAUUAUGGUUCAAAUUAUAAAAUUGAAGAUGGGAAAUUAAUUUUAAUAUUUAAAGAAUUAGAAAGUGAAAUUGCAAUGAAUGUUAUUGGUGAUGAUGAUGAUAGUUCUUCAUCAGAUUCUGAUAUUACCAAUUCUCAAGAAUCUUCAGCAAAACAACAACCAAAACAACAAUCUUUAUUAGCAUUAACAAGACCUGGAACUACAAGAGUAAAAUCAGUUCUUUUCAAUUCUCCAAAACCAACUCCACAAAGGAAAGAAUCCAAAAAAAGAAUUGAGCCUAUAACUCAUGAAAUUAACAGUGAUGAUGACGAUGAAGAAGAAUUCCAUGAUGUUAAUGAUGAAGAUGAUAUAGAUUCUCAUAUUUGGUCAUUGCCAAAUGAUUCAAGUGAACCUAAAAAAAUCAAUUCCAAUAUGUCAAAUAAAGAAUUAAUGCAAAAAAUUGAUGAUGAUAAUGAUGAAGAUAUUAUAAUACCUCAUUCAUCAAAUCAUUUUAAACAACAACCUAAAACUCAAAUAAUCUCAUAUAAUCAAUCAGAUGAAAUAGAUGAUGAUCCAAUAAUAAGUUCACAACCUGAAAUUGAACAAUUUUAUACACCAAAAACAAAUUCAAGAUCAAGAUCAUCAUCAUUAAAAUCAAUACCUAUAACAAGACCAAAUACAUCAGAUUCAAUAACAAAUAUUAGAACAUUAAGACAAAGGAAAGAAAAAUCUUAUAAUGAAGCGAAUUUAAGUUCAAAUUUUAAUUCACGUUCAAAUUCUACAGAACCAGAAUCUCAAAUAAUUUCGUCAGAUGAAGAAGAAUCAAUCCCUACUAAAAAAAUUAAAAAAAAUCAAAAAAUUGAUGAUGAUUAUAAAACAGAAGAUGAAGAAUUUGAUGACCUUUUCGAAACUCAUGAUGGUGAUGUUAGUGAUGCAAAAUAUCAAGAAAUGAAUUCAAAAUUAACUAAAUCUGAUCUUGAUUCAAGAUUUAUAAUCAUUAGAAAUAUCCCAACAACAAGUGUUAAAAAGACAAAACAAUUUAUUGAUGAUUUAUUAGAAUUUCUUUAUCCAACAAAAUUAAAAAUAAUUUUCGUUAAUUCUACUUUACAAGAAGCUUAUUUAGAAUUUGAAAAAAUUUAUGGAAUAAUUGAAUCAAUUCAUAAAAUUCAUAAUUCAAAAUAUGAAAAUUCAAAUUUAAAUGUUGUUUUAUUAAAUAAUCAAUUUGCUAAACAAAAAAUCAAAGAUUCAAAUAUUAAAUUUAAUAUACUUAAAUGA